AUGGCCUCAGGGCCUUUGCACAAACUCUUUCUCCUUGGAGCAGUCUUUCCCUCGAGGCGUCAGAAAUCACUUCCUUUAGGAAGUCCUCCUGGAUUCACAGUGUCUGAGAUGAGGCCCUCCUCUGUGCCAAGGUUUCUCCGUAUGUUGGUGCCGGAGGCCCCAGAGGUUCCAGGAAACUCUGUCUGGCUUCUGGCCCAGGAGCAGGCUCCAGGCAGGCAGUGGGGAAGGGCUGCUCGCUGUCAGGCAUCCAUUGAGUCCUGUUGUCGUCGUCCUGGCGCUUGCCGGCUGGAUGCACAAGGACUGUAG